CACCAGGGCAGCAGAGAGCCUAGGGCAGGAGGGUUCCAGGGAGGGUUUGGUAGGAGGCCAGCAGGCAGAGAGUAGGGCUGUGCAGGGAGAGCAAAGCGGUGCCAUCUGUGGCCCCUUUGUGCCAUGGCAGGGUCAGGUCAUGGCUCUGGUGGCCCCCCACCUUCAUCUCCUCAUUACCGGUACCUGGACCUGCUCUUCGCCCUGCUGGGCGCGGCUGCUUUCUUGGCAGACCUGCUCGCUGACCUGUGGGUGGCCUCCAGUUACAUGCAGGCUGGGCACUGGUUCUGGGGGGGGCUGGUGCUGGCACUGCUGGGCCUCUCCUCCCUGGUCAUGCAGUUCUUCAGCUGGGCCUGGUACCAGACGGACGACAUCGAGCAGGACCUUCCCAGUGGCUGCUGCUUGGCUCUGGUGCACCUCCUCCAGCUGGGCUAUGUCUACAGGUGUUUCCGAAUGCUGAGAGUGGGCUGGCGCGUAUGCAGGGCAGAGACUGCACCGCAGCAGGAGCGAGGCUACGCUGUCUUCCUGUCCCAUGACAUCAGCAUGCUGCGCCUCUUUGAGACCUUCCUGGAGAGCACCCCUCAGCUCACACUUGCUCUCUCCAUUGUUCUGCAUACAAACAAGGUGGAGCUUUUCCAGGGGCUUGGGAUUUGCACUGCCUUCCUAUGCGUGGCAUGGUCACUACUGGAUUAUCACCAGUCCCUCCGCUGCUUCCUGUUGGACAAGCAUGAGCUGGGCCUGCUCUCCUCCACCAUCUACUUCCUGUGGAACUUCCUCCUCAUCUGCCCCCGUGUCCUGGCAGUCGCGCUCUUCGCCACACUCUUCCCAUGCUACGUCAGCCUGCACUUCCUGGGCAUCUGGGCUGCCAUGCUCCUCUGGGUCUGGCUGCAGGGCACUGCCUUCAUGGAGUGCCCCAGGUGGGAAUGGCUCUACAGGGCAACGGUGGCCGUGAUUCUAUAUUUCUGCUGGUUCAAUGUGGCCAAGGGGCAGACGCGGCAGCGCAGCGCAAUCUAUCAUGGCUUCAUCCUGGUGGACAGCAUGCUCCUCGCUGGCUCCUGGCUCUGGUACAAUGCCCCUCUGCGUGAGCGCUCCUAUCUGCUUCCUGUGCUUCUUGCUGCCCUGGUCUGCUCUGUGCUCGGGCUGCUGCUGAGAAUCACCUACUACAAGUGGCUCCACCCCACACUGCAGACCCGUUGCCAGGCGAGCUAUGAUGAAGUAGACACUGCAGAAGGACCAACUGGUUUCCGAGCCGGCCCAGCGCCAGCCCCUGUGAACAGACGGAUGUACCAGCUGUCCCAGAACCACUUCUUGGUCUCUUUGCAGGCCGGGCGAAACCGGGGGAAUGGUGUCCUAGAUGACGUGUCUCUCUGAGCACAGCUGUCCCUGCUCCAGGCAGAGGGAAUUACACCUCAGGGAUUUGUGCUGGGGGAUCCCAUUCCAGACCUGGCCCCAGCAUUCCCAGGGACUGAGCAAACCUCCGGUAUGGGCAGCUGUCGCAGGGAGAGGAGAUUGGAGAGAGCAGGGCAGGCCGAGAGCCCUGGCACUUAGGUUCCAACAGCUGGCAUCCAGCACGGGUAGCUGUGAAGCCUGUUCUGGGCUGGCACUAGUCCAAUGGGAGUGUCAUGGGAGAAACCCGCUAUAGGAGUGCUGGAUGCUGAGUGGGCUCAGCAGCGUGUUAGGCCC